UUUAAAUAUGUUAUUUGCCUUUUGACAAAAACUUAUAGAAAUCGAGUAAGGAUCUUUUCAAUUAAAAUCGAUCGAAUAUGAUCAGCUAUUACGCAUUUAUAUGUGUUUAAAACAUUUUGAUGAUUUAUUUUGAUUCUAAAUUUCAACAACUGAAAUGGCCAGGAAGAUAAUUUUUUUCAAGUGUAAAUUUAUUCUGAUAGUAAUUUUCUGUGUCAUACAUAUCACCAAUGCAUUAACAAUCAGCAACUUACCGACAGCCGUCGACCUUCGCGAGGACACCACGGCGGAGACUCUACUCCACACCGUGUCUUACACCGGGGUCACCGCGGGGGACACCGUUACCUGCAGUAUGAACACGGUGACAAAUUUCUUUAUGAAAAUUGUGACCGGCUCAACUAAUUAUGGUGUGUAUGUCGUUGCUAACCCGGCGGGUCUCUCCUACCCCAGCAGCUACACCAUCACGGUAACCUGCACGGGGUCACCCUCAGGUGGCACCGACUCGAAGAAUCUGGAGGUCCAUAUCACCCAAAACUCGCCACCCUCCAUCACCAAUGUCCCCGCUUCUACCAGUGUCGAUAGUACCACCACCGGAAGUGGCGUUACCAUUUUUACCAUUACGGCAACAGAUGCCGAGGGUGAUCAGCUGUAUUUUGAAAUCGUGUGUGACCCAACCGGAUGCCCCUUCGAAGUAUUUGCCUCGGGCGCCAUUUUGACAACAGCUUCUCUGGAGGGAACACAUGUUGGCGGAUAUGACAUCAAUGUUUAUGUUAACGACAGCAGAUCAAAGGUCGGACCAAAAGUUCUAUCAGUCUCCAUCACGAAUGUUAAUUCGCCUCCCACCAUUACUAACAAACUGACAACCCCUGUAUCCGUGACUGAGAACUCUGUGGUGGGAACCACUGUACGACAAUACACUACCACUGACGUGAAUGGAGGAGUACUGACCUACUCUGCUACCUACAGUCCCGCCUCCGGAGGAACCUACUUCACCAUCGAGUCAACAAGUGGUAUAGUGAAGACUGCAAGUUCUAUAAAUUAUGAGACGUUAUCUGUAGCAGAACGAACAGUUCUAAUCACAGUCAUCGUCAGAGACGCAGCGGCAGCAUCCGACACGACAACCCUCACCGUCAGCAUUAUAGAUCAAAACGAGGCUCCAGUGUUUCCUAAAGAUUCGUACACUCUCGUUACGAACGAGGCUGGGGCAGGAGCCUCCAUUGGUAAUCCCAAUUUUCAGGCCAUCGAUCCGGAUACUUCAUCAACUUUAUCAUAUAGCACAACAUGCACAGAAAUAAGUAUCGACUCCAGCACAGGGGCUGCCAGCUUCACGUCUGCUUACGAUAUGGACGAAGCGGGAAAAUCUGGUACCAUUACUUGUCCAAUCACGGUCAGUGACGGAUCUUUGACGGAUACAGCCACUCUUGCCAUUACUGUGAACAACAUCAAUGACAAUACGCCUUCGUUUGGCCAGUCUGCAUACACCUUUACAACCACAAACACGGUGGCAGUGGGGACGACGUUAGGCUCUAUAGCAGCCACAGACGGAGAUCUUAGUUCCACUUCAUUCGGAACAAUUACAUACGAAUUGAAUCAACUGACUCUAGGCGGUGAUUAUUUUGGAGUUACCAGUACUGGGUCAUUAUACGUUAAAGCAGCUAUUACGUCACUUUCUUCUGGCUCAGCUUACACUAUAACUGCAACGGCACGUGACGGUGGCCUCUUAUCGGACACCGCCUCCAUUACCAUCAUAAUACCAUCUACCACUACCACUACAACCACCACCACGGACAGGGCUCAGACGUUCUUCGAGGAUCCGCGGAAUAUCGCGUGGUUCACGGCGGCCAUGAUUGUCCUUGCUCUUACGAUCGGGUUAAUUACUUACAUGUGCAUACGUUACGGAUUCCAAUUCAAGAAAUAUCAGAAAACUUACCGAUCUCGGCGAGUGGACCAAGACAGAGAGAAGUUGAAAGAAUAUAUUGAAGGCAACUGGAGGCCGUGGAAAGUAUGGGACAAACGAUGACGUCACUAGAUCAUUAAGGGAAAAUGCAAUUCUCCCAUCAUUAUACUUGAAGCAAGAAUAGAAACAUAUAAAAUCAUGUAAUGGAAUGCCUGAUAAUUGUUGUAAAUAUUUUGUUAUAAUUUAUGAGACAUUUCAAAUAAUGUAACCAAUAUACAUAAUAGAUUUUUUUUAAAGUUAAAA